UCAUUUGAAACCUACACCAAUUGUAAAUGGUUUUUAUUUCGUUUCUCGAGAGGAUCAAAUGUUCAAAUAUGUAGAAAGACGCAAGGGAGUUUCGACCACUAGAGGGCAACCACACUCCAAUCUAAAGUCUCUAAUGUGUAAUUAAUGGAUUUAAAAAAAAAAAAGCAGUUGUCAUGAUCACACGGCGGAAAAAAAAUAUGAGAAAUCACCCUCUCAUAGUGAUUUAUGAUGAGUCAGUUUAACCAAGGUGGGCGGGUUGGACGUAUCUCCUCCUUCUUGAGUGCCGCAGUCGGUCGGACACACUUGUUGCAACCAGCCCAGUAAAAAAAAAAAAAAAAAAAAAAAAUUAUGCAACACGUAUAGAGCAGGAAAAGCUCGCGCCGUACCUUGCUCUUUCUCACCUGUAGCUUGUUCGGGAAAUACAAAAUCUACCUGGAUUUACGGCAGAAAGCUGGGCCGCAUACAGUGGACUGUAUGCACAGCUGCGUGGACAUCUGGACUCGUCCGGUGAGGGGGUUUAAUGAUCUCGACCUUUACCCAGGUGACAUGAUAAAAAUGACUCCUAAUCCUCCUAUUCGGAUUUGACUUGUCUGUUCGUCGUUAUCAACAGACACAACAACUGCCCUCGGGUGAGAAUGAGCAAGAAGGCCUCUGCUGGACUGCAGAUGGUCCGCGAGCUGCUCGCAGCGCAGAAUGAGGAGGACGAGGAUGAGGAGGGGGCGCUGACGGAAGAUGACGAGCCAAAGGUCUGCGGCGUGUGUGGGGAUCAGGCCAAGGGCUACCACUUCAACGCCUUGACGUGCGAAGGCUGUAAGGGCUUCUUCAGACGCAUAAUAAAGAGGUCAACGCAACUCCGCUGUCCGUUCCUGAAUAAGUGCACCAUAACAAAAAACAACCGCCGGUCGUGUCAAGCCUGCCGCUUCCGUAAAUGCCAGGCCAUCGGCAUGCGUGAAGAGAUGGUCAUGUCAGAGAAAGAAGUGUUGGAGCGGAGGAUCAAGAUCAAGAAGAGAAAGAUGCACAAGGCAUCAGCGGAGCUUUCACCCUGGCAAGAAAAUAUAAUCCAGGAGCUGCUGUCUGGCCACCGCAGCACAUUUGACUUUGCUCGUUUCAGUGGAUUCAGGCCUAUGGACCGAAACAUCUUUCCCGUGAAUGACAGCAGCCAUUCUGCGAGCGAGGCCUUCCACCCGCUGACCGGCCAUCCCGCGCAAACCUGCGCCACGGCCGACAAAUCCGCGGCCGAGCCCGCGGCCUCCUCGUGCGGCGGCUCCCUCUGCUCCUCGUUCUCGUCGUCCUCCUCCAGCCUCUGUGGUUCCUUUGAGAAGCAGGAGAGCCAGGAAGGAGACGGGGGCACAGCCCGAUGCGUCUUCACUGCUCUUCCACACGUGACCGACCUCACGACAUACAUGAUCCAGGAUAUAAUUAGGUUUUCCAAAGGCCUUCAGGACUUCCGAUCUCUGUCCAUGGGGGACCAGAUAUCUCUGCUGAAGGGAGCCACGUUUGAAAUAAUGCAGAUCCGCUUUAACAUGGUGUUCAACUCGAACACAGGCAACUGGGAAUGUGGCCACAUCACAUACUGCAUAGACGACGCUGUACGAGCGGGUUUCCAGCCACUCCUGUUGGAGCCUCUGCUCAAAUUUCACCACACGCUGCGGAGACUGGAACUGCAAGAGGAAGAGUACAUUCUCAUGCAGGCCAUGUCCCUGUUUUCUCCAGAUCGUCCUGGAGUGCAGCAGCGCGGCGUGAUCGACAAGGUUCAAGAAAACCUGGCGCUGACUCUAAAAACCUGGAUCGACUGCAAGAGAACGGGCUCAGAAAGGCACUUGCUGUACCCGAAAGUGAUAGCCUGCUGCACAGAGCUGAGAACAAUGACGGAGGAGUACAGCAAACAGAUCCUGCAGAUCCAGGACAUCCAGCCUGACACUAUAUCUCCUCUCAUAAUGGAGGUGGUCAGUAAAAGCCCCUGUAGCGACUUCUGAUGCGGGCACCUGCAGCACACGGACUCCUCAAGCACUCGGAGUCCCCCGCUGUUAUUUAACAAGAACUGAGCGUGUCCGUGGAUUUAAAUUAAUGUAUUCGGUUGUCAUACAAGCAAGGAAGUAGUAACUAAUUGUGUCGUGUAAUUGUCUUGUUCUCCGCGCACACCUCACGAGGGAAAGGUACCACAGGUAAGGCAGUGUGUUGCAAAGUGGGUUUUGUUACAGGCCAGAUUGAAUCCUUAUGUCCGUGUUUUUUUUGCUGACAGGAAGUGCAUGUUGUGAAGCUGAGCAUGUUUGCUUAAUUUAAAUAUUGCACAGAGAAUUGUCAAAGACUGAAAAUGGUGUAGCUACACGAACCAUCAUAAGUUUUUGCAUUUGUUACCUCAGGUUUAGUUUUGUGUUUUGAUGCUGUCACAUAAAACAAAACAAUCUCUACACUUGUAAAUAAAACUGAAUAAAGGUGCUCUUAAAGUA